AUGGCGGCGGCGACGGUUCGGAGGCUCCUGGCCGUGGGUGGCUUCGUGGCACUCGAGAAUGCCGUGGAAGCCACAGGCGUGGGUGCCCUGUUGCCAUCGCCACUGGUAGGAAUGUUCGGCCUUUUCGGAGUGCUGCUUUGCCUGGACAAAUGUGGCUAUGGAUCGAUUGCAAGCUUCAUGUUUCAGUGCUCAGAGCCGGGCUAUCGAUUCCUCUUCAAGUGGGCCCCAGUGUUCUUCACGCCUUCUCUCAUCAAGUUGCCGCUGGUGGAGGAGCCCAUCACCGGCGCGGAGUUCUUCCGCCUCGUCGUACUUCUCUUCGUCGGCGCCCUAUUGCAGAUGGCCUUGGUGGCGACUGUGGCGAACUUCCUGGGCUCCCUUGUGCCAGAAUCGAAGAUAAAGGAUGAGGCCGAAGAUGCAGUCCAGGCCCUUCCGGGCAUGACCCCAAAGAACGCGGAGCCCUACCCGCGACCUGGCAUCCCAUACAAGCGAAGAUGGCUUCCCGUGUAUGCAGUCAUCAUGCUUGCGGCGCUGAUUUUCCUAAAGCUUGGCCACCAGUCUCGACUGGUUGAGUCCGCCUUCAUCAUGAGCGCUACCCUCCUUGCCUUCGUCGUAGGCAACUGUGCUGGGCCGACCUUCAAGACGCUGAUGCCGCCUGUCUUUGUCGGUGUCUUCGGUGGCUGGCUCGCCAUUGCUCUGUGGGCCCGAGAGGACGAUGUGGAAUCAUUCCAUGAUGUCCUGGUGCGCUACUCGAAUCCUGGAGGCGGCGGCCCUGUGCUCUCCAGGCUUUUGAACCCAUUGGUGAUUUCUCUGGGCUUGGUGCUCUUCGAACGUCGUCACCUGCUGCAGCGAGACAGCACUGUCAUCGUCGGAACGGCCGGAAUUGCAGCAGUGACUGGCCUCUUUGGUUCAGUUCUCCUUGCACGAGUUCUCGCCUUGCCGAAGGGCCUUGCUCACUCGACGACGCCUCGCUUCUGCCAGGCUGCACUGGCUCUGACGGUGGCAGGCUCCCUAAAGGCAUCGCCGCCGCUCGCAGCUGCCAUAGUGGUGUCGUCUUGCUCCAUCGGAGUCGUCAUUUCGAAGCCUUUGAUGAGCUGGUUGAAGAUGGAGGGCUCGCGAGAGCGUGGACUUUCGGUUGGAGGAGUGGCCCACGUGCUUGGCACCGUGUCCCUAGCGUCCUGGGACAAGGAUGCCGUGCCCUAUGCUGCUGUGUGCUCGGUCUUGGCCAGCGGCUUCACCACGGCCUUGGUGGUUAUCCCUUCCGUGGAGUCGGCUCUACUGUCGCUUCUGCCAUGA